UAUUCCCACGUACCCCGGGGCUCGCUGCCGCCCCCGCCGGCGCCGAGAGUCCGGCCCGGGCCCAACUCCCUCACGGGCCCCCCAGCGGCGGCGGCGGCGGCGGCGGCGGCGGCGCCCUCCGCUCGGGCCCCAAUGAGUAAUUCCCGGAAUAACCGGGUGAUGGUGGAAGGGGUCGGGGCCCGGGUAGUGCGCGGCCCGGACUGGAAGUGGGGGAAGCAGGACGGCGGCGAGGGCCAUGUGGGCACGGUGCGGAGCUUCGAGAGCCCCGAGGAGGUGGUGGUGGUGUGGGACAACGGCACCGCCGCCAACUACCGCUGCUCCGGGGCCUACGACCUGCGCAUCCUGGACAGCGCGCCCACCGGCAUCAAGCAUGAUGGAACCAUGUGUGAUACCUGCCGCCAGCAACCAAUCAUUGGCAUUCGAUGGAAAUGUGCAGAGUGUACAAAUUAUGAUUUGUGUACAGUUUGUUAUCAUGGAGAUAAACAUCAUUUAAGGCAUCGCUUUUAUAGAAUUACUACACCAGGAAGUGAGCGGGUUCUGUUAGAGUCUCGUAGAAAAUCUAAGAAGAUUACAGCUAGAGGGAUCUUUGCAGGUGCCAGAGUGGUACGAGGAGUGGACUGGCAGUGGGAAGAUCAGGACGGAGGAAAUGGCCGUAGAGGAAAGGUAACAGAAAUCCAGGACUGGAGUGCAUCGAGCCCGCAUAGUGCAGCGUAUGUUCUCUGGGAUAAUGGUGCUAAGAAUCUUUACAGAGUUGGCUUUGAGGGCAUGUCUGAUCUGAAGUGUGUCCAGGAUGCCAAAGGAGGUUCUUUCUACAGAGAUCACUGCCCUGUGCUAGGUGAGCAGAAUGGCAAUAGGAAUCCUGGUGGAUUGCAGAUUGGUGACCUGGUAAAUAUAGAUCUUGACCUAGAAAUUGUACAGUCUUUGCAGCAUGGUCAUGGAGGAUGGACUGACGGCAUGUUUGAGACUUUAACUACAACUGGAACUGUUUGUGGCAUUGAUGAAGACCAUGACAUUGUAGUACAGUAUCCAAGUGGCAAUAGGUGGACCUUCAAUCCUGCCGUUCUCACAAAAGCAAACAUUGUCCGAAGUGGGGAUGCUGCUCAGGGUGCAGAGGGAGGCACCUCCCAGUUUCAAGUGGGUGAUCUCGUACAAGUGUGUUACGAUCUGGAAAGAAUUAAACUUCUACAGCGAGGACAUGGAGAAUGGGCUGAAGCUAUGCUCCCAACUUUAGGUAAAGUUGGCCGAGUACAACAGAUUUAUUCAGACAGUGAUUUAAAGGUAGAAGUUUGUGGAACAUCUUGGACGUAUAAUCCAGCAGCGGUUUCCAAGGUGGCAUCUGCAGGAUCAGCCAUUAGCAAUGCAUCUGGUGAAAGACUCUCCCAACUCUUGAAGAAAUUAUUUGAAACCCAAGAAUCUGGUGACCUCAAUGAAGAAUUAGUUAAGGCUGCUGCCAAUGGAGAUGUUGCUAAAGUGGAAGAUUUGCUAAAAAGACCAGAUGUGGAUGUAAAUGGACAGUGUGCUGGCCACACAGCAAUGCAAGCUGCUAGUCAGAAUGGACAUGUUGACAUUUUGAAGUUACUUUUGAAGCAAAAUGUGGAUGUAGAAGCAGAGGAUAAAGAUGGAGAUAGAGCCGUUCAUCACGCAGCCUUUGGAGAUGAAGGUGCUGUGAUAGAGGUCCUACACCGAGGCAGCGCUGACUUGAAUGCUCGCAACAAGCGCCGACAGACACCGCUUCAUAUUGCUGUCAAUAAAGGCCAUCUUCAAGUUGUGAAGACUUUAUUGGAUUUUGGCUGUCAUCCCAGUCUUCAGGAUUCUGAAGGUGAUACCCCUCUUCAUGAUGCAAUAAGUAAGAAACGUGAUGACAUCCUGGCAGUUCUUCUGGAAGCUGGAGCAGAUGUUACCAUUACAAACAACAAUGGAUUUAAUGCUCUACACCACGCUGCACUAAGAGGAAAUCCCAGUGCAAUGCGUGUUUUACUGUCUAAAUUACCAAGACCAUGGAUUGUGGAUGAGAAGAAAGAUGAUGGUUAUACUGCCUUGCAUCUGGCUGCCCUUAAUAAUCAUGUAGAAGUGGCUGAACUGUUGGUACAUCAGGGUAAUGCAAACCUGGAUAUCCAGAAUGUGAACCAACAAACUGCCCUCCACCUUGCUGUGGAACGACAGCACACCCAGAUCGUGAGGCUUUUGGUCCGUGCAGGUGCCAAAUUAGAUAUUCAGGAUAAGGAUGGGGAUACUCCUUUGCAUGAAGCUCUGAGGCAUCACACCUUGUCUCAGCUACGUCAACUUCAAGAUAUGCAAGAUGUGGGGAAGGUUGAUGCUGCCUGGGAGCCAUCCAAAAACACAUUAAUAAUGGGACUUGGUACCCAGGGAGCGGAGAAGAAGAGUGCAGCAUCUAUUGCGUGUUUCUUGGCUGCUAAUGGUGCUGACCUUAGCAUUCGAAAUAAGAAGGGUCAAUCUCCACUUGAUCUCUGUCCUGAUCCAAGUCUCUGCAAAGCACUGGCAAAGUGUCAUAAAGAAAAAGUCAGUGGUCAGGUGGGUUCUCGAAGUCCUUCUAUGAUUAGUAAUGAUUCUGAGACCUUGGAAGAGUGUAUGGUGUGCUCAGAUAUGAAGAGAGAUACUCUUUUUGGCCCAUGUGGACAUAUUGCCACCUGUUCUUUAUGUUCUCCACGAGUCAAGAAAUGUCUCAUCUGUAAAGAACAAGUUCAGUCCAGGACAAAGAUUGAAGAAUGUGUGGUAUGCUCUGACAAGAAAGCAGCUGUUCUUUUUCAACCAUGUGGACACAUGUGUGCUUGUGAGAACUGUGCUAAUCUGAUGAAAAAGUGUGUGCAGUGUCGGGCAGUAGUUGAACGAAGAGUGCCUUUCAUUAUGUGCUGUGGAGGGAAAAGUUCAGAAGAUGCCACUGAUGAUAUCUCAAGUGGAAAUAUUCCAGUGUUACAAAAAGACAAGGAUAAUACCAAUGUCAAUGCAGAUGUACAAAAGUUGCAGCAGCAGUUACAGGACAUUAAGGAGCAGACAAUGUGCCCUGUGUGUUUGGAUCGUCUGAAGAAUAUGAUAUUCCUCUGUGGCCAUGGAACGUGCCAGCUCUGCGGUGACCGAAUGAGCGAAUGUCCUAUUUGUCGCAAGGCCAUUGAACGAAGGAUUCUUUUGUAUUAACUAAGAAACUCAGUGUGUUUUGUUAGCUAAAGCGUUUGGUCAUGAGAUCUUAGUAAGCUUUGAAGCUAGUCGGAGGUUCUAAUGAAUUUUUAAUAUCAUAGUUUCUUUGCUAGAGUAUAAUUAGACUGUAAAUGUACCAGAAUUGAAAAACUCUACAAAACAGCAUUUGAAGCUGUGGAUUUUUCUUUUUUUCUUCUUUAAUGUGAGACAUCAAAUCUAUGUAAUUCAUCGGUGAUUUACUUUUAUCUUCUAAGAGGGAAAAAUCCUUUAAGGAUCUCCUGUUAUUUUUGUCUUUAUUAUAGUUUUAAAUUUGUUAGACCUCCAAAGAUACACUUCCUUAGGAUCAGCUCUCCUUUAGUCUAUCAUGAUUUUGCAGUGCGCUGACGCAGGUCCUCAGAAAAGUCGUGCUUCACCUGGAAGGGGCAGGUCAAACCAUCAUGUCACAUAUAUUCAGUAAUUAAAUUAUAAUACAAGUUCUACAUCAUUAAGGGAGUAUUAAAGAGAGGGUUCCCUUUUUAAGAUAACAUGAAGUUAUUUAAAUGAUUGUUUCUGAAUUCUUAGAGUAAAUAGAAGCAUAGGAUGACUUUACAUUUAGCCCAUUUUCUAGAUUUAAAAGGAAGAUUACUUAACUUAAAUCAAAUUGCCAGUUUCAAAAUAACUGAUAGACAUGACAAGGAAAAAUAAACAAUCAUAGUGGGGAACUGAAGGAGGGGAAAGUGUCCAAUAAAAGAGUACCUAUUAACUGACCAUUAACAGUUCCCUUUCUAAUAUUAAUUCAUACACUGUUUUGUUCAGCCAGCCUUUAAGACAACAUCUGUGAAAGUGUACCUCAGUUUUCACUGUGGUUGCUUAUCCAGGUCUAAUCUGACCGGUGAAAUGAUAUUGCCCUAUUUGGGCCUCUGAGGUUCCACUUAGCUUUUCUCAUGUACUGAAUAGUACCCCGUGAUCUGAGAAGGAUAGUGUAUGGUCCAAAGGCAGCAAUCCUUUCUUCUCCACACCUGUUAAUUCUGACAGUGUUACUGAUUCUACCUUCCUCGUAGCCUUGCUUCCACUCUCUCAAAUAGUAAGGCUUAACUGUAAAGAAGAGUCUCUCUUUAUACCUACAGAUGAGGAUGUUAUUUAAACUGCCAACAGUAUCUAAGACAUAGUAAAUAACCUAGUAAUAAAUGCUUACUUUAGAAAGAGUGACCAGGACAUUUACAGAAAUAUGUCUGGUUACCUGUAGAUUCUUUUUUUUUCUUACUCACAGUUGGACUCUAGAGCAUCUAAUCAUUCUGUCUCCUUUGAAUGGGUAAUCUUACAGUGUCUAGGAUCAAUAUACACGUAAAGAAAUGUUUUGGGGUUCAUUGCUGCUAGAUUAUAAAAAUAAUCAGCUGUUUACAAUAGUGUCUACUAUAUACUGUGUAUAAGCUUACUCCUAAGGAUAGUUAUCUUUUUUGUAGUUUUUUUCCCCCUUUGAAUCUGGUUCUUGUUUCAGUUUUUCUGCUACAACAACUAAAUUUGAAAGUACAAAGUCUCUACUCUCCUAACAGGAGUUUCUGGCUGUUCACUGUUUACUGGCUGCUGCCCUUGCAAGUCCUGAUGAAAACAGUGGUGAAUUUUGCUGGCUGACUUUGUAGUCUCAGUAAUUUCAUGUCUAUGUUCAGCUGAGUAACGUCAUUUAGAACAGUAAAAUUUUUACAAAUUUUAAAUUUGAAAAUUUAUAUUGACUUUACUCAGUUGUCUAAUAAAGAGUCACUGAGGCUAUUUUUUAAGCCAUAUUUUGAAGUUAUAAAAAGAAAGAACAUCUGACUGAUGAUGUUCACAUAAAAAGACAAACACACUCUUCUUUCAGAUUUGAAAACAGUGUAAGUCAGGAUUUUCCUUUUCUUCCAGGCUGUAGGCCACCCAUCUCUUUUCCACUAGAUCACCUGGUAAGGAAGGAGCACCUGGCUGACUCAUGUGUCAUCUGGGCAACCAGAGAAUUAUAUGGUCUAGAGCUCUACUGUACUUAAAUCCUUUUUAUUUGUCUUCUGAGCUGUAGUGCUAAAACUUAUGUCCCUAAUAGGCAGUUUCACCUUCCAGACUAGUUUGUUUCCUCCAUAUUAAAAAUAUACUAACUUAUAAACUAUGAAAACGUCAUAAAGUCACUAUAAUUAUAGUGCUAUGUACUUGUGGAUUUUCUGUAUUUGUACCACUUUGAAAUUUGUUUAAUGAAUAAAAAAUGUUUCUCUAUUGAUAUUUUCAAGCACCUGAAAAAUUAUUUUGAAUUUAUUUUGGGUUUGUGAGAGAGAAUAAGAUUAAGAACGUACUUGUUUGGAACUCUCCUCUAACUCUGUGAAACUGCUACCUCUGUGUCUCUCAGCAGUAUUUUCCCAAUUAGGUAUAUUUCCUUCUCAUUACCAUUUCUUUAAUGAUGCCUCAAAAGAGCUUUUACUUUUUGUAGAAUCAUUUAAGAAGACAAAACUAACAUGUAUUUGUUCAAAAACGUUAUUUAUGGGGCUUCAGGGGCUAGAUACACAACAUCGAAAAAAAUGGUCAGCAUCUUAGCACAUACAGAAUUGAUCAUGCAGCCAUUGUAUAUUUGACGUAAUUUCUAGUCAAAAAGAAGGAAUUCAAAGGUACUGAUACAUUUCUUCCUACUAUUUCAGAAUAGUUGUCAUUAAGUAGUAUUUGAAUUCCCUCUCUGUGCUUCUCACUCCUACCACAUUUUCUCCUUUAUUCUUCUAAGAUUGCUAGUUUUGUUACCCAAAACGUAUACACAACUUACCAGAUGGUGCUAUUCUAAUCGUUUUUCUUCACAUAAUUUAACAUUCUUACUGCUUAUACUAUAUACAUGUUUUUGUUGGGAGCAAGAAAGUUUUUUAAGAGAAGAUCAUUUGGUAUUAGUAUAGGAAUAUUAUAUUAGACAAGUCUUCAGUUUAGCUGGCUGAAUUAUGCUUGGUUAUUUGUAAAUUUAAACGUUGCAAAUUGACCAGCUAGCUACUGAGGCAUAAAAUUAAUUGAUAAUGUUGAAAAUAACUUUCUUAAAUUUAUAUCUUUGGUGGCUUUAGCUUGUGAGAACAUUUUUGCAUAUGAAGUGCAUGCUGCUUAAGAUUUGUCCAAUUCAGAUCUCAAGGCUGCGCCAUUUUUAUGUAGGAGACAUACACAGCCUACUUAUGUGUUGCCCAAUUGCUGUUCUUUGUUUAUGAACUUUGGACCCUUUUGGACUGGGAAUUAGUUAAACUUAUGAACUAAGAGAAUAGUGAUGGAGUAGGAUAGGGAAAAUAGUGGGGGGUUGCAGCAAGUAGGAAAGAAAAGUCAGUGUUUGAGUUUAGAGGGAAAAAGGGGAUUGUGUAGAUUUCAUCAGAGCAUUAAGUGGAGAUUAUAUUUAAUUGAACAAUAAAAAGGCUCUUUCAGCCCAUUUUUAGUCUACUUUAAUUGACAGUUGCUUUCUAAAUUACAGAUUUUUAAUGCGGCUUUCUUAAAAAAAAAUCCAAAAAGAAAAGCACUUAUCUUCUCAGAGUGUCUGAAAUAUUUUACAGUAAUAAUUUGUGUAAAAGUUGAAUUUUGGAAUAGAAUUUCUUGUGAUAAAAACACAUAACAUGAAUUUUACCAUUUUAACCACCGUUUUUAAGUGUCCACUUCAGUAGUGUUAAAGUAUAUUCACGUUGUUGUAAAACAGGUCUCCAGAAGUUUCUUAUCUUGCAAACUUAUAACUGUAUACCCAUUAAACAACUACUCCCUUUUCCUGCUUCCCCCAAUGGAAUAGAAUUUUGAUUAAAUAUAAAUCAAGAAACACCUAAAUUAUCUUAAUAGUUUGUGUUUGCAAGAUCUAAAGUCAUGGUAAACAUCAAGUUCCUAAAAUUCAGGGGGAUGACAGAGUUUCUUCCCACUUUCCCAAUUAUCGUUGAUCAUAAUUGAGUAGGUUUUAAAUAUCUGUUAAUUGGAAGGGUUUGUUGUUUUUUGAGCCACAAGGGAGAAACACAUUUUAAAUAACAGAAUUAGGUUAGCUUUGAAUUUGUACUAAAUUGGGAAGGUAAUCGAUUUUCACAAAUUAUGUGUGCCUUGUUGUUGAAAAUGUCAGUUAUCUUUAAGUCUACUUGUAACUGUUUCAAAAUAUUUUUUCUCAAAAACACAGCCUAGUUUUAUUUGCUUGAAUAUUAUGAUAGGAAUGCUUACUGAUAUUACUUGAUAAUCAUAUAUGGCCUUGGAACUUUAACAUAUAUGUAAACAACUAUAACAGUAUGAAUAACUACAGUUGUACGCCCUUAAAACAUUAAAUUUGAGGAAAAACUA